CAGUUAUCCUUGCUCCACCUGCGUAGAUGGUGGAUUGUCAGAACCAUUAGGGGACACGUGGGAAGGGACGGCGGGGUCAAGGGCCAAUAUCCUCGAGCGAAGCUGGCGAAAUUGAAUCGUGCGUCUCGUCUACGGGUGGCCUGCUUGCGAAGCUGGGACGAGAAACCCGUCGCCAUUUGCCCGUCCACUACGCUCGGCAUGUGAUACGCACCUCUACUCCCUGCUCUUGUUCUGCCCGUGCCCUCGCUGCUCGUUAGAGCGCGUCACGUACACAGGAUUACGCACCACUCGGUCCGAGAUGGAAUGCCCGCAGUAAUAGCGCCAGUCUACUAGACUACGCAGUCUACUUAGCAUGGCCCCCCGAUGAGGAUCUACUAGGUACUGCAGAUGCUAGAAGCGGAGCAGUCUAGAAGGCAUUAAUUCUCGCCGUCGCACUAAAUCUCCGUCUUUCGGCGAUCUUCAGCCAGGCGUGUUAGAACACGGCAUAUUGUUUCAUCGCUUGAUUCACUCAUGGCUGCGGCCGUCAGGUCUCGAGCCCUGAGCUGUUGGGGUCGGGGCGAUGCGAGACACUGGACAUUGUUACCCGUCGCAGCCGUGAUUUUACUAGUAAUUAUUUUCGAGUCGCACCUGUCUGCAGCAGCGUCUGGACUUACGUCUGCUGAACACGCGCGAAUCUCUCGCUCCCUCUCAGCCACCGCCCAAGACGUACCCGUUAUUAACAACUCCGCUACCCCGUCCUGGCCUCCCACAGCGCUCGCAAGCACGCCGCUUUUCCCCUCGAUCUUCCGCGCGUUUGCUCACUUCUCCUUCGAGACGUCUCGGUUCGCUCCACUAGCUAUGUCGAUCAGUGACAUGGCGGAAACAGCAGCGGUCAAUUCGCGGGAGACGGCGGCGGGGGUACCCAGUGCGGGGGUACCCGGGGCGGGGGAACCGGGGGCUGGAGCUGCUCCGAACGAGAAGGCUCAAAAGAUGACGAAAAAGACGGAGGGGUCUGAAUCUGUUUCAGGGGAGUUAGUCUAUCCCUAUUCGACAAAUGCCCAAGUUCGUCUCGACGGACAGUCAGAAAACCCGUUGGCGGCUCUAUCUCCCACCAAUCCCGCUCUCUUCCCCACCAUAGAAUCUCACUUCGCGAUUCUCAGCGGCACGUCGCCCUCCACGAUUGCGACACGUGGACUGAUUGACGACCCGGAGGAGCCGUCACCACCGGCGGCGGGUGCCCGUAGGCGUGGCGGCAAGUCGAGCGCGCUUCCGUACUUCGCCUUCCUCGCUACCGCCGGCCUAUCGUCGCUCAUAAAGCCGCGCCACGAGUCCACUUCCUCCGCGCCAUCCGCCGCGUCCGCAUCAUCCGCCGCAUCAGUGUCGUCUGCGUCGUCCGCGGCAUCCGCGGCAUCCGCACCGCCUGGUGCGCAGAAGCCCGCUGGCGGACCUCCUAACGCUUCCGCUCCUCCGCCUGCGCCCAACACUCCGCCCAAGCCCACACCUUCCACGCUCAAACCUUCCGCGCCCCAACCUUCCGCGCCCAAACCUUCCGCGCCCACACCUUCCGCGCCCACACCUUCCGCGCCCAAACCUUCCGCGCCCAAGUCUUCCACGCCCGCCAGUUCUCCCCCCGUUCCUACUGGCGUUGGUGGCUCAAAGGGGAAUGUGACAAAAACGGAUGCCAGCGGGGGAGCUACCAGCGGGGGAGCAAUCAGUGGGGGAACAAACAGCGGCGGAGCAGCAAGCGGGGGAGCAACCAGCGGCGGAACAACAGGCGGGGUAACAGCCAGCGGGGGAACAACCAGCAGGGGAGCAGCAAGCGGGGCAGUAACCAGCGGGGGAGCAAGCAGUGGGGGUGCGGGUGCAGGAGGCGCUGGCAUGGCGGUGCGCGGAGACAGCAGCAACAGUAACAAUGACAGUAACAGCAGCAGUAGCAGUAACAGUAGCAGCAGCAGCAGUAACAGUAACAGUAGCAGUAGCAGCAGCAGCAGCAGCAGUAACAGUAACAGUAGCAGUAGCAGCAGCAGCAGCAGUAACAGUAACAGUAGUAGAAGCAACAGCAACAGUAACAGUAGCAGCAGCAGCAGCAGAAGUGCCAGCAGCAUCGCGAGUAGUAACAGCCAGAGCAGCAGAGACAGUGCAGCCAGCCAGAGCAGCCAGAAUAGUAAGAGCAGCCAGAACAGUCAAAGCAGCCAGAGCAGUCAAACAAGUCUGACAAGUCAAAGCAGUCAGAGCAGCCAGAGCAGCCAAAAGAGUCAGAAUGGCAGCAGCAACGCAGCUGGCAACUCAGCAGCUGCAGGUAACGGCCCUACUGGUACAACCAACAACAUAGCCGGCUCAACUGUCCCAGACAACACAACAGCCAAUGCAACAGCCAAUGCAACAGCCGGUGCAACGCCCAACGCAACAGCCAGCAGCAGCAGCCCCGGAAAGCCUAUUGUUGGGACCCCCACCCUCCCCAAUGCCACCGUGUCUGGAGGGGUCCCUCCCAUCCCUCCUCUUAUCACCACCAACACUAGCAUCGCCAACAGCAGCAGUGGCGGUGUCAGUGGCAGCAACAACAGCAGCAGUAGCAGCAGCAGCAACAACAACAGCACCAUCAGCAUCAGCAGCAGCAUCGGCAUCAACAACAGCAGCGGGUUCGGCGUGGGCCCUUGGGAUUACCGAGCAGCAGCCACUUUCUACGGCGAGCCAGACGCCACAGGCACCAUGGGAGGCGCAUGCGGUUACGGUAACCUCUACAACACUGGUUAUGGCCUCAUGACAGCAGCAGCAUCUAUUGGUAUUUUCAAUAACGGGUUGCUCUGCGGGGCAUGUUACGAAGUGGAGUGUCUCGGGUCACCAGCUGUGCCGCCCGGUUUCCGCGUGUGCUCGGGAAAGCGCGUGAUUAUAACGAUUACAAAUCUGUGCCCGCCCGGUGGCACCGGCGUGUGUAACGCUCCGCAUCGGCACUUGGAUAUGAGUGAGCCAGCCUGGCAGGUGCUUUCCCCGAUCCGAGGCGCGGGGAUCCUUAAAACGCGUAUGAGGCGCGUUCCCUGCAAGAAAAAAGGCGGGAUAAUCUUCUUAAUGACCGGAAACCCUUACUAUUUGCAAGUUCUGGUGUAUAAUGUGGCGGGAGUCGGGAGUAUAACAGGAUUCGAAGUGGACGACGGGAGUGGGGUGGGGUGGGAAAGGUUCAGGCACAACUGGGGGGGGUACUACUCCAAUAGCAAGAAAUACGGAGGAAGAUCCUUAUCCUUCAGAGUCACUGCAAGCAACGGAGAGGUGCUGACGGUGCGAAACGCUACUCCUGCUGAUUGGUCGCUCGGUGUGGCGUAUCAAAGCAGGCUCAAUUUCAAAGCCAAGCCUAGGGUUCGACCCCCACCACCGCCGCCAAUGCUGCCUCAACCGUCACCACCACCGUUGCCAGUGUCAGAACCAGUGGUGCCACCACCAGCAGCAGGAACCGCUGCAGCAGCAGCAGCACCAGCAGCAGCCACAACAGCACCAGCAGGAGCAGCUGCCGUAUCUAGUAGUGUGACGGUCCCUCCUGGCCAGGUGCCUGGCCAGCCGAGGGAGUUCACACCGCUAGUUGGACCAUCAACCAGAGCGGGGUUACAGGCGCCAGUGUAUGCAGGAACGCGCGAUAAGCUAGAUCCGAAGCAACCUUCAAGUGGUAGAAUAACACUAGAUGAUGACCCAUUGUUCAGCAGUUACAUUGAAGUUACAGUGGGGCUGCAUGAAUGAGCCGGUAUAUUUGUAUAUUAAUCUGUUAUUUGUAUAUCUCCCAA